GUGGACGCCACGGAAGAAUCUAGAACCCCAGCACAUAUCCCCCACCCAAAGACCCUUCCGAUCUGGUGCGGCGGACGGAGAUCGCCGGAGAGGGAGGAGGAAGAGGAGAUGUUCCUGGUGGACUGGUUCUACGGGGUGCUGGCCUCGCUGGGGCUGUGGCAGAAGGAGGCCAAGAUCCUCUUCCUCGGCCUCGACAACGCCGGCAAGACCACCCUCCUCCACAUGCUCAAGGACGAGCGGCUUGUGCAGCACCAGCCGACGCAGUACCCGACGUCGGAGGAGCUGAGCAUCGGAAAAAUCAAGUUCAAGGCCUUCGACCUCGGCGGCCACCAGAUCGCCCGCCGCGUCUGGAAGGACUACUACGCCAAGGUUGAUGCUGUUGUUUACUUGGUGGAUGCCGCUGACAAGGAACGGUUUGCAGAGUCGAAGAAGGAACUUGAUGCUCUCCUUGCAGACGAUUCUCUUGCGACCGUGCCUUUCCUGAUACUGGGAAACAAGAUCGACAUCCCAUACGCCGCGUCCGAGGAGGAGCUGCGCUACUACCUUGGCCUCAGCAACUUCACCACCGGUAAGGGCAACGUAAACCUGGCCGACUCCAAUGUGCGGCCUCUGGAGAUCUUCAUGUGCAGCGUCGUCCGCAAGAUGGGCUACGGCGACGGCUUCAAAUGGAUGUCCCAGUACAUCAAAUGAAAAGGGCCUUCUCAUUGUCAAUAGCACUGCUCCUGCUGCUGCUGUCCACAGUGGGAGCAGUAUUCAGGCUCUUUUUUAUCAACUCUCCUGCUGCUUUGGAGAAACCUGCAUCUGUAAGGAAAAGUUUGUCGUAGUGGGUAGUGAUGAAUGCCUGUAAUUUGGUGUUAAUACUAGAUAUAUGACGGGGUUUAUUUGUUUGAUUGUUUAUGGGUGGUGAUGUGAGUAGUUAGAGAAUGUGGUUGCUGAAACCAUUUCUGGACAGCAGGGAAUGUUUCAGCCAGUGUAUUCACGCUAUCUAGCCAGUGAAAUAUGUGUUAGCCA